AUGUCGGGGUUGCCUACUGGCGCCUCUUCCAGCGAAGCGAUGGCGAUGAAUUUUGGAUCAGCCCACUCUACGAGCAUGAGCAUGGACGUCUUUAAUGAGGAUAUUACUUUUGAUGAAUCGCUGCUCGAUGGGGCUGCACUGCAGACUAUGCCUUUCGGCAGUUCGUACGACUUGGAUACCUUUUCCUCAACUUUUGAAGAUCCCUUUUCAUAUUCGACUCGACAAUUCGAGCCUCCGCAGAUUCAAGAUGCCUUGCACGAAGAAUCUUCACCCCAAGAGCCCGAUAACAAGCUUCUUGGCUUCUCUGCACCAGUCGCCAGCGCAACUAUUCUCAACGAGAACACCCAGCUUGUUGAAGUCGGCAUGACUGCUGAGCUUUAUGGCAUGUUCUUCGUAGCCGAAGAUGUCUUUGGAGGAGAAUCAACGGGAAGGCCGCUAGAAUUGACCUGUUAUCGUCGUAACCUAUGGCAAUGUUCGGGACAGAUUACCCUGCCCCGGGUGAUCAGGAACAUUGUGAAUGAACAGGGGCAGCACAUCCAAAUCUUUGAGCUACUCGCUUCCAUCGCAGCCUUCGAGUCUAUUGAAGGAAAGCCAACUGAAAUUAUAUCCAUACCUUGGAAAAAUGCCAACCCUCAGGGAAGUGAUGAUUCAAAAUCCGUUUCAGCACCACCAACCAUCACGUUGGAUAUCACAGCAGGUCAGGAGCUUGACGCGCAUCGCAUCUCUCUACCUAUAUCUUGGAAACGCCUUCAGUUCAAACAUGCGACUGCCAACAACGGUCGAAGAAAGGGUCUGCAGCAACACUAUGUGGUUAAGAUAAGCCUUCUAGGCAAGACCCAGACUGGCGAACUUGUCAAGAUAGCCGACAUACAAUCCGGUCCGGUUAUCGUAAGAGGCCGAAGCCCGAGGAACUUUGACAGCAGGAAAGACGUUCCUCUAACGGGCGAUAAGAGGUUUGAGAGGAGAAGCACAUCAACAUCAAACGUUGACCAUCCGACACUGAAACUGGAGCGGGAGAAUUCGCAAAACUUUACUCAACGCUAUCCUCCUGUUGGCAAUCUUCAGGCAAGUUCCGAUUUCGCAUAUCUCGAGUAG